AAGGGAAAAGUAAGUGCUUUUUUACCCCUCUUCCUCUGCUUUUCUCAAUAAACAAAACCCCCACUUCCAACUUGAUUUUUGUCUUCUUUUUCUCUUGUGUCGCGGUUUUCUAUCCACCAGCAGCCUCAUCUCUCAAUGAGGUUUGCUUGAGACAUGCCGGAUGGCAAACCCCGAGGGUGGUAAGAACAGGCGCCGUGGUAAGAACGAGAACGACAACGAGAAGCGUGAGCUCGUUUUCAAGGAGGAAGGCCAAGAAUAUGCGCAGGUCGUGAAGAUGCUGGGUAACGGCCGUCUCGAGGCCCUCUGCUUCGAUGGCGAGAAGCGACUGGCACACAUUCGAGGCAAGCUGAGGAAGAAGGUUUGGAUCAACCAAGGUGACAUCAUCCUUCUCUCGCUUCGUGACUAUCAAGACGAGAAGGGCGACGUUAUCAUGAAGUACACCGCCGAUGAGGCCAGAAGUCUCAAGGCCUACGGCGAGCUGCCCGAGCACGCCAAGAUCAACGAGACCGACACCUACGGCCACGAGGGUUUCGAGGACAACGUCGAGUUCGACGAAGACCGCGAGAGCGAAGACGACAAGGACAUCGAUGUCGACGAACUCUAAACCACCAAAAAUCUCUUUCGCAUUCAGACCCUGCGAGAGCCACUGGGUUUCUACUUC